AACAAUGGGCCUGUUUCUCUAUCUAUAGACUCAGAGAGGCCGAGGGCUGCGAGGAACCAGCAUAGCUUGUUGAAGCCGUCGUGAAUUCAAAGAAUUUUCUCCUGCGCAGAAGAUUGGAUUCAUGGAUGGCAGGAGAUAGAGAAGCACACGCGUAGAUGUGCGACGGAUUGAAACAUGGAAUAUCGUCACAGGGAAAGGGAAAUACUGAGGAUUGUUAGUUUGCAUUGACUUGCGUGUUUGCUUUUAAGGUACUAACAAAAACACACAAGGAUCAGAAGUUCCUGUGGAUGGAGGGGUCAGGCAGUCCUCGUGGCAGAAAGCUCCAGUUCCCAGUCGGUCUUUGGAUCAAUUCCCCCAGGAAACAUUUUGCAAAGCUGGGGCGUCGUUGGCCCAGCGCGGUCUCUGUCAAGUCGACCACCAGCUCCGACGCGGCCUCCCUUCACGAGGCCCCCUCCAUUCCUUCCUCUUCCCUUUCUAACUCAACUCCCUCGCUGGCUUCCCCAAACCCGUCGCCGUCUCCUUCCCCGGCCUUCCUCAGGCCUCGGCCCGCUGCGCCCCAGUCGCGCACCAAGCGCCUUUCCCAUCUCUUCCUGCGGGGGCGCUCCAAUAGCGACCGGGACCGGGCGGUGGGCGAGAGGGAGAGAGAGCUUUGGGCCCACUCGGCGGCCUCCUCCACUCACCACUAUGUACCCCCGACUUCUUCCUCUGCCCCGGGCCUGAUCAAGAUCUACGGAGAUGCGCUAUCCAGCGGCGCGAACUAUCGCUCCUUGCUGGCUAACGUUCACUCGACGGCCAGUCAGCUCAUCGCUCAGGUUAUCACUCGCUACACCGAGAGGGAGCGGGAGGAGACAGACGAAGCAGUUCUCCAGAAACACAUCCCCGAGGACUUCCUGCUGUGCGAUGUCAUCGGAAAGCCCAUCCAGCAGCCAGAUGGAGCUAUCAAGUGGGAGACGGAGUGUCGGAGAAACGUGGCCCCGUGGGAGUGCCCCUUGUUGUUGGCGGACAUGUGGCGGCCCAAGGAUGGGUUCGAGCGGCGCUUUGAAAUCCAGAGGAAGGAAGACUACGAAAGAGAAGAGAGGGAGCGGGAGAGCUAUCAAGGUGUGCGCUGGAGGCGAAGCAGGAUGUCGUCAGGGAGCGCGGCGGAGGAGGGCGAGCGCGGCCACCGCGGAAGGAACUCGGAGCUCAGGAGGAGCAUCAGCGACAUGAACCUCAGCCUGAGGCGCCGCCAAGGCAACCAUGUGACCAAUGAGCAGCGUGGAGGCGGUUGCCAGCCCGCCAACAACAACGGAGCCGUGCUGGACAGGAAGAACAUUGUGAGCAUGAUCAGCCCGCAGCACGGAGAGAUUAGAGCAUCUAAGGCGGACGCAAAGGUCGGCUGGACGCACCAGACACCCGAGGAGCAAAAGGACUACUCCAGCUGUGACCUGGAGAUGAUGUCCCAAAGUUUGAUCCUUCCACCUACGGACCGGCCCUACUUCCUGUUGCUGCAGGGUUACGACCAGAGCAAGGAUUUUGUUUUGUACAUUAUGGCGGGACAUACGCACGUGUUUGGGAGAAAGCCCACAAUGAGGGAACGGGAGAAGGACAAAGACAGAGAGAGGAAGGGGAAGAAACCUCUCAAGGUGGACACGUUCUUGUCUGCACCUGACCUCUUGGCCAGACACCUGCUUGUGAGGAGGGAUUCCGCCGUUCCUGAGACCCCCGCUGGGCGAGCUUUGAUACGGCCUUUCCGAGGCGGUGCCAUCACGCACAACGGCGUGGCUCUUUACAGAGAGACCGUCCUAAAACCCGGCGACGUCAUCGGUCUCGGGGACCACUUCCUCUUCUUGUACCGCGACCCCCGAGUCACACCGGCUCCCCCGUUGGCAUUGACGCUGCCCUGGCACUCGGACGGCUUGCACCCCUGCUGCUCUUCGGGCUUGGCAGACAAGCAGGAGGCGCUGAGGCACUACCUCGGAUCCACCGAGUCCGUUCUCAAGUUCCAUCCUCGGCACGCCGAUGCCUUGCUGCAGGAGAUAUUAUCGAAAAACUCCUCCCCCGACUCCGGAGGGGGGCCUUUGGCGCCGGCGUAUCUGCUGUCAAUCAUGAUCGACCACGCAUCCAAGCGCCUCGACCCCGCGCUCACGCCGCAGAUAUUACUCAAGGCGGCCAAUCAGAUCAAAGACAUUGUCUGGGAUAACAUUAAGGAAUUUGGGGAUAAGCAUCCCACGCAAAAUUCCAGUGAGCCAGAAAGUGAGAUUAGCACAGCCAAUGUCCAGAAGUUGUCAUCGGACCUUCGACCUCUGAUGUUCUGGAUGUCCAAUGCUACAGAGCUCCUCAACUUUUUUCAGGUGAAAGUGGAAAACAUGGAGAAAGAGUGGGAGUUUGAAGCCCCGGGGGAUCCAGUGUUGACGGCUGACAUGGACACAUGCUCAGAAGCUCUUGCGCAACUGGAUGAGGUCAUCAUGCACACCUUCCAGCAGUGCGUCUAUCACCUCACCAAGACCCUCUACUCGCUCCUUCCCGCCCUGCUGGACACCAACCCUUUCUCCACGGAGGAGAAGGAAAAAGAUGGAGCGGCGGGAGCAGAGGGUGAGGAGAAAGGAGAAGAGGCGGACGACGUGUCCACCCUGCCGCCCAAAGUGGCCGGGCUGGUGGAAGUGUAUCGCUCUUCACUCGUGCUCUCCAGGGAAGCUUGCCUUUCACCGCCGCUCACCUCCCAAACCUUCGGCUACCUCUUCUUCUUCACCAACACAUCUUUGCUCAACACCUUGCUGGAGAGAGAUGGACUCUUUUCUUGGUCCAGAGCCGUGCAGAUACGUACAAACUUGGACCUGGUCCUGGACUGGCUCCAGGGGGCGGGACUAGGGGACAUAGCUUCUGAAUUCAUGAAGAAGCUGUCAGUCAUAGUCAACUUUUUAUGUAUCCCCAAAACCCGUCUCAUACAGUCCUCCUGGAACAGUUUACAAGAGGAUCACACCUUGCUAAGCCCCGCCCAACUGAACCACCUCCUCACUCAUUAUAAAUUGGGACCAAGCAGAGCACCUCCAGCCUGCUGGACUCCGCCACCUGGCACCAUGCUCAGCGGAGACAUAUUUGAGAGCUUCCUGGACCACCCUCCUCUCAUCCUGCCGAACGAGACCCCUCGCCUCGACCUCUCGCAGCCGGUGCCGAGCCCGGACCUCCAAAAGGAAGUGACGCGCCUUCGCACCUUCUUGUGGGGCCUUGACCAGGACGAGCUUCCCGCCAAUCAGAGGACUCGGCUUUGAGCCGGCCCUGGAUUUAGAUUUAGGGAUGCCGCAUGAAAUAAAACCAACAAACUUCACAACAUUUCCAUAUCAAUUAAUGUAAUCAUUUAGAUAUUUCCGAGGACUACCGUAAGAGGACUGCGUUGUUUUGAUUCCCAAAAUAUACCGAAAAGCUUUUGGAGCAAUGCUUUAAAUGUCCGUGUUACGGAAUUGUAUCAAUUAAAACUACUAGUUUUUAAUAAAAGUCUUUAUUCUGCA